AAGACUCUCAGACAUAGACGGGAACAAUGUAGCGUUAGUCUCCCCUUCUUUCUUCUCUCUGGUCGCUACAUACACGGCUUCCAAUCUAUUGUCUACUGGUCUACGUACGUCGAUAAAAUUUUACAAUUCAAUAGGUAAAGUAACCGUAUAGCGUUCCGUGUAUAAGUCGAACCUUGUCAUUUCAGACUACUGUAUGGUAGAUAUCGGUAGGCACCUUUCAAGUGGAUUAACCUUAAUCGGUAAAUAUCUACAGUUUAGAACAUUUUGACGUCUAAGAGUCAAGAACAACUGCUUUCGGAUAUAAUGUGGUGAUUAAUAUUCCUCUACAGUGGCCUGGCAGUAGGGUUGUGUGAUGAUUGAAGCAUUUUACGACUUCACAAGCCUUUAAUUGUAUAAAACCUGUUAAACACGUCAUAAGAAUACCACCACAAUAGUUACUUUUUCGGACACAAUGUACUGUGUCUGAAGACUGUGUGAAUCAUUUCAUGACAGAAAGCAUGGAGCAUUUCACACUGUUCGUUCUUCUUCCAUCUAAAGACAUUUCUUCGUUAAGGAACCUUCCGUCAGGCAUCACUGUAGCUGACGUGAGAGACAGGCUUGAAAUGACAGCCGGGCUCCCUGGUCAGAUCUACAAGCUGACCACCAACAAAGGUCAGCUGCUUCACGAGGACUACGAGUUCAUCGUGGGCCAAAACGCCUGGGACGGCUACAUCGUUCGCGUGCAGCUUCAAGCCAGGUGGCUACUCAUCUACGAAGCUGUGGUCACGCGAGAUGUAGAAUGGCUGUUAAGUGAUGAAACACUACAGUUACAGCGGGACGGCUUUACAGAGUCGGCAGACAACCAAGCUGCAGACAUUGUGGAAGAAAGAGGUACAGUGGCUCUCUACCUGGCCUGCUGGCUGGGUUGUAGAAAUAUUUGCCAAGAAUUAUUAUCUAUUGGUGUAAACCCCAACGGAAGGACGCCUUUCCGCCGGACUGCAAUGUUUGCUGCAGUGGCUAAGGAUGACGUCCGCAUCCUAGAGCUGCUUCUGACACAAGGCGCUAGCGCAACGCUCAAAGACUGCCAUGGCCACACGGCACUGGAUGUAGCAAGGCGUGGCUUCUCCAGGAAGUGCGUCAAUGUGAUGCGAUCGUAUCAACUGAGAAAUGGUGCGAGAUUUCUACCAGGGGAACGCUUGUCCAUCAGCUUGACAGACAGAGGUUCACCUUUGACCCAAUACGAUAAUGACAUAAAUGGUCCCCCUUUACCAAGGGGAAGGGCAGCAACUGCUUUCAGUGCAUCACCUAAACCCGGAGAGAAGAGGAUAAACGCAAGAACACCAACUAACUUCCAAAGAUACUAUACAAACAUGCCUUACAACGACGAUUACGCGAAUGCCAGAACAUCCGUAGUCUCGCCAGAUAGUAACACAAACUUUAACAAAGCCGUGCAAUCCAAACUACAGCCUCAAUUAAGGGUUGCUGUCGUUGACUCAUCAGGAAGACCCGAGACCGUGAUCUCAUGGGACUCAUCCCUGCUGUUUGACUCUGAACUUCUCAGCGUCAGGCCGGCAUUCAGGGAAGGGAAACGCCCUCUAAGAUCUGGCUUGUCACCCACGGCGCAGAUGGAAAGGGAGCCAGCAACUCCAAGUACAUCAGCAGUCCCUUGGAGCCGCCCUAAUUCUGGCAGACCUCGAAGUGUAGACUCUGAUAAGUCUCCAGAUGAUGGAACUACAACAACCGAUGGUCGAAGCGUUCAAAGUGUACCAAAUAGAAACAUGAAAGAAGAUUCUCAAACAGAUGAUAGAAAACAUCUUCAUAGAUCUUCAAAGUCCAGGAAAACUAUCAAGACGCCACAGUCCAAAACUUUCAAGAGCGUCAAGCGACAAAUCCAGAUUGCUGAGACACAAAAGAGAACAGCUAGCGCGACAUCUAAGCAGUCCUUGACAUUCAACCAAUGGUUGCAGAAGAAGAGACUGCAGGAGUCUGACAGCUCGGAUGAAAACGAAGAGCCUCGAAGCGAGACCACAAAGGAGGAAAAUGAAAAGGCGUUUCAGGAUUGGCUGAAAAAUGUGGACGCCAGACCAAAGAGCUCGCGCGACAAUUCAAGCCCUGGCGCUUUGAGCUUGCAGAAGAGCACAAACGGGAAAGGAUUCAUUCAAAUCGUCACGUCUGAUGCGGGAAGCAAGGUUGAACCACCCGACACCUCGUCGUAUUUGCGCGCCUACCAGGAAUGGAAGAAGGAACGCCAAGCUAAGAGAAGGGAGGCAACCACUUCUGCCAUGGAUACUCGAAAGAUAAAGAAAGUCUUAGAGGAAAAAAACAAAGAAUAUGUAGCAAGGGCCAUUACUUUCGAUGAAUGGUUGCACUAUAGUUCAGAUCGUCAAGAGAUGGCUCACAUGCUAGAACAAAAUGAGAACCAAUCACUAAACGAUUCAAAUAAAAGCACUCUCUCCAAAAGAAAUCAUAAAAACCUAACUUUUCAACAAUGGCGUCAGAAAUUAGAAGAGCGCGAAAAUAGACAAAGAGCUCAAAGAUUGCGCAUGCGCAUGGAGCAGUCGAAAAUCAUAACUGAAAACCGAUAAAUAAUCAUAUUAUAAAACAUGUUUCAAUAACAAAAAUACAAAUUAAAUAUUCCAUAAGUCAGA